AAGAAAGAUGGGAGAAUCUUAAAGAAAGUCCUAAAAAAAUAAUUAAUAGUGUACUAGACAAGCCAAGAAAAUCCAUUAUUAUGGAUCACUUGAUUGUCAAAUUAGAGAGCAAUAACACAACAAAAAUUAUUACUUAUGAAAUAGAAAUUAAGACAGUGAUACAAAAACACUUUCAAAACUGGACAAGGAAGAGGAACACUAACGAAACAAUGAUGAAAGAAUGGGAAGAAUG